CAUCAGUAUGCUGAUGACACGCAGCUCUAUUUCUCCUUUUCAUCUUCUUCAGAUAAGCCUGGAAGGUGCCCUCCCUCUCCUGCAGUGAUUAAACCGCCUUGCCAAAAACGCUGUAAAGGUGAUAAUACUUGCCCUGGUGCCAAGAAGUGCUGUAACAUGAUGUGCUCACUGGUCUGCGUGGAUCCAGUGUUUGACCUUGCCCUGCUGGAAUGUGACCUGACUCCGCUUCUUGGAUUUCGAACUGGUGCCAGUGGUAUAUGACCUGAGGUCCCUGGACUUUUUGCCUAACACAAACCGCCACGUGGCUAGAACUGUGUGUUCUAGCUGGGACAACAACACCACCCCAGGAAGAAAUCAGUGAAGAUGGUCCCUCCCCCCCCCAGUUCCUGUGCCCACAAAUAAAGCAGAGAAUCCCAAGAGGCCAGUUGUGCACAGCUCUACCUGAUACAGAAAUUGCUGUGCCACCCUUCCAGUACACCAAGGCCAAGGGCUGCUUAAAACACCUAAAAUCACAAUACACUAUAACACAAUCUUUUCAAGGAAAGUGCAAGCGAGGCAGGUACGCAAAUAAACCACCGUCAUAGAGACUGCUCUUCGGGGAGCCUGGACCCAAGCUGUUGAGGGCUUUAAGAGUAAUCACCAAUACUUUCAAUUGUGCCCAGAAGCAGCUGGCAACCUGAGCAGACAUUGCAGGGGUGUUCUGACACGCUCUCGUUGGCAAACCGCCACUGGCAUCCUUGCUGUCACAUC